UUUGGCUGCCAGGUGUGCCGCUGGACAGCAGCAGAGAUCAGUAAACUUGAGCCAGACCUGACAGCCAACGGUAUCGCCCUGGUGGGCAUCGGACCUGAGGAGACGGGCCUGAAGGAGUUUAAGGAGGGGGGAUUCUUCAAAGGAGGUAAAAAAAAUCCAUGGCUGUUUUGCAAAAAAAAUAUUCUAGAUUGGGGGCACAGAGUCAGUUGUCUAAAAUCACAUUGGGCAAUACACCAAUGAUGUCUACAACCCAACCUUUUUGACUUCUCAAGCAACCACAAAUGUAUUCAAACACAAUUGACUUUUAAAAAAAUGGUUAAAGAAAAAUAUUUUAUUCAAGCAAAUAUAGUAUAUAAAAAAUGUAUCUUUGAAUACCAUUUACUUUUUAAUGACAAUAUUUGUCAUUUAGAAUCAAUAGAAGCUUUGUCACCCUUACACAACACAUGUAGCUUCCUUUUGUAACACUCAGUGAGAGAGGGUGUGUCCUAGGAGCCAUAGUUACAUAGUUAUGGCCAUUUACUUAGAAAGCAAUAAACUUGCCUCCUGAUGGAUUUCACAGCCAACCUUAAAUGUCCUGCUCUGCCAUAGUAAGAGUUUUGAGAAUUUGUGGAUCGUAUCAUAAUCAUCCUGUUGUCUUCUGUGGCAGACCUUUACAUUGACGAGAAAAAGCAGUGCUACAAGGAUCUGGGCUUCAAAAGGUAAGUUAGGUCGUCUGUGUACUAUUUACUUAUCUAGAUGUACUACUUGGAGUGCAAGAAGUAAAAAAUAGCUCUUGCAUAGAACUUACAUUUGUAAUCUUACAUUUGUAAAUAGGUACACGGCUCUUAGUGUGGUUCCUGCAGCACUGGGGAAGAAAAUACGAGAGGUUACGACAAAGGUAAUGUUUGUGAUUUCACUUUGUCCAAUAACAUUGCUGUAUCAUGGUUGACGCAGGACGGGGGUUAUGUUCAGUUGAUACUGCAUGUAUAUGGCCUCUUCUGUCUGUCUGAGUGGAAUUGGAAGGUGUUUUACAUGGUUCGUCCUCCGCUCUGUCCUCCAGGCCAAAGCUCAAGGGAUCCAGGGGAACUUCACUGGGGACCUCCUACAGAGUGGAGGCAUGCUCAUCGUGGCCAAAGGUAGGUCCAAACAAAGACACAGGGAGAAAAGGUUGAAGUACAUUCCAGAUAAUCGCCAGACUGAACCAUAUAUAGCUCAGAAAUACACCAUACAGCUGUCAGGGGUUGACCUGAAUGGAAAGACAUCUCACAGCUGUUGUGAUUAGAAUUGAUUGCUGGAAAGAUACGUUUUUCAAAUAUUAUCUAAAUACAUUAAAGAAAGCAAUGUGUGAUAAUAAGUGUCAUGAGUUAAGAUCCUCAGGGGAUUUUUUCAUAAAUAGCUGAAAUGCUUUGGCCACUUUUUGUGUACUGUACCAAAGAUUUUUAUAACUAACCCAAGAUACACUACAGCCUGUUUCCAAUGGGAGCAAAUGAAGCAUAGUAAGCAGAACAAGCAAGGAGGUGGGCAAAACCAAGCACGAGCUAGCGAGAUCCUAUUGGUUCGUUCUAGCAUGUAUUUGCAUAUUUCCAUUAGGGUACGCCUACCUUAUGAAGUCUGCGUGUGGAAUGACUAAAUUCGCCCUUGCACGCUUCUAAACAAGGCACCAGUCUCGCUCCAUCUUCUCCCACUGCCGGCCACUGGGCUUCCUCUCAUCACCAUAUUUGGUGGUGAGUGGAAAUUCCAACCACAUGCUUCAGAUUUAUACAUCAGCUGAAACAUCUGGCUCCUUGUUCUAUCUGUGACUAAACUAUAGACUCUCCACCAGAGGGCAGUGUGAUAACAUGUCAGUUGACACUGGACUGGUAUUUGAGGUUGUUGGCAUGCAUCUCGGCCUGUCCAUGCUGUGUUUGUGUACUAUACAGGUGGAGAAAAAGUUCUGCUGCACUUUGUCCAGGAUUCACCCGGAGACUAUGUACCAUUGGAGGACAUUUCCAAGGCUCUCGACAUCUCAGCCAAUGUACAGGCAGGGGAGAGACCACAGGUAAGUUGGCACCCUACCAAUGACGGGUAAGGCAAGAACAUGCUUGAGAGAGACAAUGUUCUGGAAUAAUUUAUAUUUAUAUUAUCAUGAUUUAGUGAUUACUGCUGGUGUGAAAGGGCACAGAGUGGAACUUUUUGAUCUGAUCCUCACUCUGAGAUAAAGAGCUGAGUUUUUCCAAGCUGCAGACAAGUUCCUUAUGGUGAUUUUCCACUGAUGCUGUGUGCAGACAUAGCCACACAUGUAUCAGAGAAUACUCCUUAUUGACAAUGCCACACACGUUCUGCCUGCACUCCAUGAUCCAGAUCUCUUCUUCAAUUUUAGAUAGGCAGCCUGUAUUAUGACUCUUACUUUUCCAAACCUCUUUGAGCCUUGACAAUGGUCUUUCUGGCUGGUGUAAUAGUUCUUUCAGCAUAUCCCUACAGUAUGAGGUUUUGAAAUGGCUCCCAUGAGAACCCGAUGAUGGCUCAUAGUGCUCCUGUGGAAUCAGGAAGAGAACAGAUAGACCAAGAAUACCAUAGCUGCUGUGUCAUCUCCAGAGGAUGUUCCUGUGAAUACAGUGAGGGAAAAAAGUAAUUAUCAGUCUAUAAUUUUAAUGGUAGGUUUAUUUGAACAGUGAAAUCCAGAAAAACGCAUGUCAAAAAUGUUAUAAAUUGAUUUGCAUUUUAAUGAGGGAAAUAAGUAUUUGACCCCCUCUCAAUCAGAAAGAUUUCUGGCUCCCAGGUGUCUUUUAUACAGGUAACGAGUUGAGAUUAGGAACACACUCUUAAAGGGAGUGCUCCUAAUCUCAGCUUGUUACCUGUAUAAAAGACACCUGUCCACAGAAGCAAUCAAUCAAUCAGAUUCCAAACUCUCCACCAUGGCCAAGACCAAAGAGCUCUCCAAGGAUGUCAGGGACAAGAUUGUAGACCUACACAAGGCUGGAAUGGGCUACAAGACCAUCGCCAAGCAGCUUGGUGAGAAAGUGACAACAGUUGGUGCGAUUAUUCGCAAAUGGAAGAAACACAAAAGAACUGUCAAUCUCCCUCGGCCUGGGGCGCCAUGCAAGAUCUCACCUCGUGGAGUUGCAAUGAUCAUGAGAACGGUGAGGAAUCAGCCCAGAACUACACGGGAGGAUCUUGUCAGUGAUCUCAAGGCAGCUGGGACCAUAGUCACCAAGAAAACAAUUGGUAACACACUAUGCCGUGAAGGACUGAAAUCCUGCAGCGCCCGCAAGGUCCCCCUGCUCAAGAAAGCACAUAUACAGGCCCGUCUGAAGUUUGCCAAUGAACAUCUGAAUGAUUCAGAGGAGAACUGUGUGAAAGGGUUGUGGUCAGAUGAGACCAAAAUCGAGGUCUUUGGCAUCAACUCAACUCGCCGUGUUUGGAGGAGGAGGAAUGCUGCCUAUGACCCCAAGAACACCAUCCCCACCGUCAAACAUGGAGGUGGAAACAUUAUGCUUUGGGGGUGGUUUUCUGCUAAGGGGGCAGGACAACUUCACCGCAUCAAAGGGACAAUGGACGGGGCCAUGUACCGUCAAAUCUUGGGUGAGAACCUCCUUCCCUCAGCCAGGGCAUUGAAAAUGGGUCGUGGAUGGGUAUUCCAGCAUGACAAUGACCCAAAACACACGGCCAAGGCAACAAAGGAGUGGCACAAGAAGAAGCACAUUAAGGUCCUGGAGUGGCCUAGCCAGUCUCCAGACCUUAAUCCCAUAGAACAUCUGUGGAGGGAGCUGAAGGUUCGAGUUGCCAAACGUCAGCCUCGAAACCUUAAUGACUUGGAGAAGAUCUGCAAAGAGUGGGACAAAAUCCCUCCUGAGAUGUGUGCAAACCUGGUGACCAACUACAAGAAACGUCUGACCUCUGUGAUUGCCAACAAGGGUUUUGCCACCAAGUACUAAGUCAUGUUUUGCAGAGGGGUCAAAUACAUACUUCUCUCAUUUAAAAUGCAAAUCAAUUUAUAACAUUUUUGACAUGUUUUUCUGGAUUUUUUGUUGUUAUUCUGUCUCACUGUUCAAAUAAACCUACCAUUAAAAUUAUAGACUGAUCAUGUCUUUGUCAGUGGGCAAACGUACAAAAUCAGCAGGGGAUCAAAUACUUUUUUCCCUCACUGUAGGUUGAGCUGUUGAUCAUUUGUUGUAGGGAGAGGUCAGCCUGGCAGCGUUUACAUUUUUAACCUGUAGAAAAUAUUCUUGGUGAUUUAAUAGUUAAUGUGUUAGAAUCUGUCUAAAUAAUGUCUUAUCUUAAACCACCAUUCAGAUAAACAAAUUGGAGCUAUAAAGUUGUCUGUUUACUGAUGAGUGCCCGGUCUGGCCACCUUGAGGUUAUACAAACAGCAGCCUCUUCCUGUUUACAUUUACAUUUGACAUUUAAGUCAUUUAGCAGACGCUCUUAUCCAGAGCGACUUACAGUUAGUGAGCGCAUACAUGUUUCACUAUUAGUUCAUGUCAUUUACUUUCAAUUUGCAUACAGCCCUUUGAAUAGUCACUAGGAGUGUGCAUAUUUCCCUUUCAAGAUGAUUUGAUACGUAUCUAGAUACAUGGGCUCCGAAAUGAUACAGGAACGAUAAAUUUUAGUUUGAAACAAUUCGGUGCUAUUAGGUUUGAUUAGAGAAUGAAUCGAUGUGAUCCGGUUUGAUACGAUUCGAUGCACUAACAUUUGUUUCAUCAACACAUUCAUUUUACAUUCUAAACUAAAAUCUUCUGCUGAUGGAGCUCAUGAGCUGGGCCUGUCUGAGCUGGGCCUGUCUGAGCUGGGCCUGUCUGAGCUGGGCCUGUCUGAGCUGGAUCUCUCUGAGCUGGAUCUGUCUGAGCUGGGCCUGUCUGAGCUGGGCCUGUCUGAGCUGUAUCUGUCUGAGCUGUAUCUGUCUGAGCUGGGCCUGUCUGAGCUGGGCCUGUCUGAGCUGGGCCUGUCUGAGCUGGGCCUGUCUGAGCUGGGCCUGUCUGAGCUGAAGUGUGUGUGUGUCAGGGUUUCCGUCAGGAAAAUGUGGCACCGGACAUUUGACCAGCAGCAUUUUAAUUUAUCGGACAUUUGAGAAAUGUACCGGCCCCAUAUGCAUUGGUUGCGUAACCUGAUUAGGACAUCCACCCACGUGCUCAGAAUGACAGAAAUCACAUUUAGAUUAUGGUAAUUCAUAUUAGCAGAACAUGCAAUUCGAGGAUGCAACGAUAUGUAACAACUAGCAUGGGUUGAUAAUAUGACUAGGAUUGUGCCUUUGGCUAAUGAACAAUGAAAGAAAGUUGAUAUAAAAUAAUUGCCUCACGGAUAUGCUCAGAAUUUGGCUAGGCUACGCAAGGUGCCUCAAAAUAUGUAGUAAAACGUUCAGGUUUCAAUCAAUUAAGUAUAUGUUUCCAAAUUCAUACUGCCUCCAGCUCAUUGCAAAGUGGUGUGUGAUGUGCUGACGAAGCCUGCCUUCCGUUGCAUAUACAUUUGCUGUUUGAGAUGCUGUAGCAGCAGCUCUCGGGCUGUCUGUCAGAUUUUCCGCCCAAAGGCUCUAUAUCUGUAUGCUGUAUGUGUGUGAUAAAUAGGAUACAUAACAAAUAUACUGUAGGGAAGACUGGGGAUGGGUGUAACACUUUUCACCUUUUCGUCAGUUUCUCAGAGAUCGUUUAUGGUAAUGUAUUCAAAACUUGAUACAAACAACCUACAUCUGUCCUUUACAAAUUGGUGUGGUUAUUAUAUAUGUAAAACAAACUGCAAAUGCAUGGUGUUGUCUUAAAUACAAGUAGUGAAGUGUUACAAUUUACCCCAUGGUCUGGGUUAGUUGUAACAGUGCUUGGGGUGAAUUGGAACAUAAUGAGAGGGCAUAAAUCAUGACAUGCAACUAAUUAUUGAACGCCUUUGUAGAGACCAUGAGAGCAACAUUGCCAUGCUUUAACAUUUUGUUUGGCAGAAAUAAUAAUAAAUAUAAAUAAUAAAAUGUUUAUUAUUUUACCCUACACUAAAUGGUCUUUCUCAACCAAACAACAACUAGGCUGUCCUGGGGUACAGGAUUGGUGGGCCCAUAAUUUGCAUUCCCAGCACGACCCAGACCUCCUUGGACUUGGAAUUGUUAAAGUGCUCCAUGCACACAAUGCAGACGUUUUCCUCAUUGGAGGAAUCUGAAUCUUCUGGUUCAAUGUGCUUUGUUUUUGCUUUUUUCUUAGGCAGGACAGUGUUUUGUUGUUGUUCAGUGUGGUUUGUCUUGGCUUGCUUCUUUCCAUCUGUUUUUUUUAGGCAGGGCAAAAAAAAAAUAUGUGACUUGACUUUUGAUGCUCUUCUUCCAGUGCCUGAGAUUGACGGGUGUAUCCGUCAAUCUCAGUUUUUCUCCUCUUCCUACCCCUUGUUGUAAUUUUCCUGGGACCUGCUUUUGGGAAGGGGCGUACAUCAACUGGGUUGAAAUCAGAACAGUAAUCAGGUGUUUCCCAGCCACAGCCUGAACCAUGUGGGGAGGUGCCCUGUGAAGUGGCUGGAGAGGUGGCCUGGGAGGCAGCUGGAGAGGUGGCCUGGGAGGCAGCUGGAGAGGUGGCCUGGAAGGCAGCUGGAGAGGUGGCCUGGGAGGCAGCUGGAGAGGUUGCCUGGGAGGCAGCUGGAGAGGUGGCCUGGGAGGCAGCUGGAGAGGUGGCCUGGAUAGCAGUGGGCACAGUGGUCAUAAAUCAGCUGCCCUCAAGAGAUACACUGACAACUUCUGCUCCUGCUCAUACACAAAGACCCUGUUUCCACUACAGUAGCCUGCAUGAGGAAGCUCUCUCAAUCCCUUCUCCAGUAGCUUCUUUCUCUCUUUGCAGAAUCUGUACAGCGUCACA